AUAAUGACAAAAGUAACUUACUUUUGAAUUAAAAAGUUGUUAAAAUUUGCUACAUUAAAAGUUUUUUUCUUGUUUUGAAAAUGAAAACUUUUACUGCUACAGUUUUUGAAAAUCUCAUUGCUCACUGAUUUAAAAGUUUUUACUUUUAAUUCGACUGUAAAAUUUCUUUCAUUUUGACGUUCUCGUGUAACCGUGUACGCCUAAGUCGCAAAUGUAAACAAACACUUUGGUGGGUCCGGUGGUGCUGGUGAGUCUAGGACGCAAAGCAAAGCCGACCGCGGCAGCAGCCAGGACUCGGACGCAGAAACCUUCGUGAGCCAAACAGCAGCAGCGGAACGCCUUCGAAGGAGGGUGGUGCAGGAGCGGGACGAGGUCGUGUGCUCGAAAAAGAACAAGGCCAGCUUCCUGCAGGAACUGCAGCUGUUCCACGGCCGGAAUGCGAUGAGAGGUAGGAAUGUGGAUUCGCACCGGUUGUAUUGGGUGGUGGUGGCCCGGGAUUGGUGGUUGAAGGUCAAUUCGCGUGAGGACUGGGGCGAGAUCAUCGAGGAGAUGGCGCUGCCGAAGCGUUGCGUGAACAACGAGAUUGCGUUGAAGAAGAUUAACUUCCGGUUUUUGGACAUGUACGCGAAUGUUUAUUUUCACGAUGGGCCUCCGACGAAGAGGAGGACGACGAAAAGCUACAUAAUCGGAGGUGGUCAGCGCAGAUGUUGCACUCGGUGCCGGCGGUUUACAGCACCGCAACUUCCCGCCCACAAACACUCACGUCGCGACGGCGCAGCUUCAGCCGAAUGAAUCUGGACAGUGAGCCAAAAAAAAAAAUGUGUCAUUCUCGUAGUAGGAUUACGUGCUCAAAAUCGAACUCCGUACCGAGGGCCUCAUCAACUCCAUGUUCCGGAUGCGCU